AUGUCUAAAGUUAAAAUAAAGGUUAUUAGCCGUAAUCCAGACGAAUAUUUACGCGCUACAAAACGGGAUAUCCACAAACUGCCAAGAAACUACGAUCCAAGCUUACAUCCCUUGGAAGCACCGCGAGAAUAUGUUCGCGCAAUGAAUGCUGUGAAACUUGAAAGAGUAUUUGCAAAACCUUUUAUUGGUAAUCUUGACGGACAUAGAGAUGGUGUAUCGAGUUUGGCUAAACAUCCUAGCAGGCUAUCGGUGCUGACGAGUGGUGCGUUUGAUGGAGAAAUUCGUCAGUGGGAUUUAGCCGUUAAGAAGUGCACUAGGAAUUUCGUUGCUCACGAAGGUUGGGUGCGCGCAUUGUGCUAUACCCCCGACGGUGAAACCUUCACUAGUGUUGGUGAUGACAAAACAAUUAAAACCUGGAAGUCGGAGGUUCACUCACCUGAUGAUGAGGAUCCCAUAAGCACUCUACUGAGUAUGUCUGUAGUAUCAGGUAUAACACAUCAUAGAAAUAAGCCUAUAUUUGCUACUUGUGGUGAACACUGCCAGCUCUGGGAAAAAACUAGGAAUGAACCUGUUAAAGUGUUUAAAUGGGGAGUGGACAGUCUUCAUCAUGUAUCUUUUAAUCAGGUUGAACAUAAUUUGCUGGCAUCAUGUGCAAGUGACAGAAGUGUAAUUCUCUAUGACUGCCGUGAAUCCGGACCCCUCAGGAAAGUUGUUAUGGAACUCAGAUCAAAUGCCUUGUCCUGGAAUCCAAUGGAAGCUUUCAUAUUCACUGUAGCUAAUGAGGAUUACAAUCUAUACACAUUUGAUGUAAGAAAACUAAAACAACCAGUCAACAUUCACAUGGGGCACACAUCAGCCGUAAUAGACGUGGAUUAUGCGCCAACUGGCCGAGAGCUUGUAGCUGGAAGCUAUGACAAAACUAUAAGAAUAUUUGAAAGUCUUAAAGGAAACUCCAGAGAUGUAUACCAUACUAAGAGAAUGCAAAGACUGACAUGUGUUAAAUGGACACUGGACAAUAAGUACAUACUCUCUGGGUCUGAUGAAAUGAAUAUUAGAAUGUGGAAAGCAAGAGCUUCAGAAAAGCUCGGAGUGCUCAAACCACGUGAGAGAACAGCACUGAACUACGCAGAUUCAUUAAAGGAGAAGUUCGCAAACCAUCCUCAAGUCAAACGCAUAGCGCGACACAGGCACGUACCCAAACACAUACUGAAUGCCCAGAAAGAAAUCAAAACUAUCAAAGACAAGUCUAAACGAAAGGAGGGCAACAGACGCGCGCACAGCAAACCCGGCUCGGUACCCUUCGUUGCAGAACGACAAAAACACAUCGUUAAAGAAGACGAAUAAAAACACAACAUUUUGUUCCAAUAACUGUUUUUAUUUGGUAUACCUUUAUUUGAAUAAAUGUGUAACAUCAUUCUUUUAAGACAUCAAGGAAUACAGAUAUGUGAUACAGAAA